AAAAGUAUAUCCUCUUAGUUUUAUUGUAAUUUCUUUAGUGUUAAUUUGUCUCAAAAAGAAAAUUAACUAGUUAUCAUCAUUUGAGAUUUGGUGAUGAAGAUUUUAGUGAACAGAGUUGUGAAUUGACUCCACAACCUUCUGCUUCACCAUAACCAUCACCUUCACCAUCUCUCUCCCUUUGUGUUUGUUGAGUUUGUGUUUGUGUCUUGGUGAGUGCAUGAAUUGGUGGUGUGGCUAAUUGUGCUUCAAUUUCAAUCUCACCCACCCAGGUCUGUGCCUCUCAUUUUAUUGUAUUGUUCAAAGCAUUUCUGUUCCUUAAACCAAAAUUCAAAGAUUUUUGGAGAUAUGGGUCUUUGUAUCCACCCUUAUUAUUCAUCCUUUUUAUUUCCUUGGAAUUUCAAAGGUGUCAGAUUGACCUUAUCAGAUUCCAUUCUGCCCCACUUCUUCAUGCUCUUUUCAUUUGAUUCAUUCAAUUUUACUCAUUUUCUCAUCUCCACUUUCUGUGAAUGACCAUUUUUUCUCCUUUUUAAUUAUUACUAAAACAAGAACAAGGAGCUCUUUGAGUAAUUUUGCGUCCUUUCAUGUUGUAGAUUUGGUUUUUGCCAUCAAAACUUGCUGGUUGAUUAUUCAUUAAGGUUUGUACAUGUAUGUACAUACGCUAAUUUGUAUUAUUUCCAUAUGCAAUUCAUUUUUUAUUCUGAUUUAGACUUCUGCAAGCAGGAGGUCCACUGCUGGGUUUGGUAGGCUUUCUUUGAACCUAUAAAAACCUGUAACUUUAAAGGUGUUUAUGUGAAGAUCCCACUUUGGUUUUUUUUCUUUAAGAGUGGAUUGAAAUUGAUUAUUAACAGGAGGAGGAGAAAACAUGAAAGUCCUUUAGUUUCCUGAGUUUUCUCUUUUUAACCAUUGUCUUUUCCACUGUCGGUUUCAGUAAUCUUUCGGCCUCAUCAUUUCUGCCAAACUUGAAUUUGACCGGCUGAAAAAAAAAUAUACCACUUUUGUAAUGAUACAUCGUCGUUACUUGUUUGUCUUUCAUUCUUUGUUUAGAUUCCUUUCCUCUGAAGCCGCUUCCACUAUGGGCAACUGAGAUGAGAUUAAUCUCUCUCUGGUUUUGGAAUGACUUUGUCAAUCUUUUCCAUUUUAGCGUCCGUAAAGAGUACAAUCAUAUACUCAACAGUUCCUUCUCUGAACAACAUGGCACUCACCUCUAAACUUGAUCAUUUUGAGGAUGAAAGUUGUGGGGGCAUGUCUGUGUUAGACUUGCCUGAGUUGGUCUUGGAAUGUAUUCUUGAAAAGUUACCUCCUUCGGGGCUUUGUAGCAUGGCUGGUGUUUGUAGUUCGUUGAGAGAGAGGUGCAUGAGUGAUCAUCUUUGGGAGAAACAUAUGAAGCAGAAAUGGGGUAGAAUUAUUGGCCCUGCUGCUUAUAGACAGUGGCAGUGCCAUAUGGCUGUGAGAAAAGAUUCUCCCAAUCUCAAACAGAGUAAACAAAAGCUUUGGAUGAAGCUUUUUUCUAUAGUUCAAUCUUUAUCGUUGUUUAGACCAAAGGUUGAAGAUAGUUACAAUCAGAAGAGCUCUAGUUCUUUGCAAGUUGAUUCAAUCAUGUCCUGGUAUCUUGCUCUUGACAGUGGUCGCUUCUGGUUCCCAGCUCAGGUCUAUAACCGUGAGAAUGGUCAUGUUGGGUUUAUGUUGUCAUGCUAUGAUGCCGAGCUUAGCUAUGAUCCGCAAACUGACUCCUUUCAAGCGAGGUAUCCACCUCAUGGAAGGAGGGUAAUCUCAAUAGAGCAUGGUGUGCCAUGGGAAAGGCUUCGAGCACCACCAAUUGAUGCCAGUCCUCACGAUCUUCACAUUUCUGAUCGCUUGAAUGAGUUACACCCAGGUGAUCACAUUGAGAUUCAGUGGAGAAGAAACAAAGAGUUUCCUUACGGCUGGUGGUAUGGUGUUGUGGAUCACUUAGAAUCGUGUGAUGCAAAUGAAAACUUCUGCUGUUGUCAUAAUAGUGACACUGUGGUGCUGGAAUUCAAUCAAUACACCCCUGGCUCACGGUGGAGAAAAACAACAAUAAAUAGGAAAGACCACAGGGAGGAGGGAAAUGAGGCAGAUGGAUUCUACGGGGGUAUCAGAAAGCUUAAAAGCGAAGAAGAAAUCUCAACGUGGAAGCUGUUUUGGCCAGUGGAAGCCUUGGAAUAGGCUUUUUCUUUCUGUCAAAAAGAACACUACACUUUGCCACCAUUUGAUCCCAAAAUCUAUUUUUCCUUGUGAUUAAGUGGAUGUUGAAUUCAAGCUUUUCAAAAGCAUCUUUAAGAAGCUGAAGACAGGCUUCUGAUUCUGUUGCAUAUAAUGUGGAGGUCAUGUUCUUCACCUUUUUCUUUAGAAUUUUCUUUAUAGGAGAUGCUUAAGAUUUAAUCCAUGCGAAUUGCCUGCCAUUGAUGCAAACUUCGAUGUACCGUAUUUUACCCCAAAAUAAAUGAAAGGUUUAGUUGGUUA